AUGUCUGAUGACUUGGAAGAAGAUUUUCUCGAUGAUCUAGACCCAUCUAUAUUUAAGGCACAAUAUGAGGAAAUUGCUCCUCCUCCACGAAGAUCUCAAACUCACCACAACGUCGAUCAUGAGAAUCUCAAAACCUACAUCUAUCCCACUAAUCUUCAGGUUAGAGAUUACCAAUAUAAUAUCGUGAACCGUGCGUUGUUCCACAAUGUUCUUGUGGCACUCCCAACAGGUUUGGGUAAGACUUUCAUUGCAAGCACCGUGAUGCUCAAUUUUCUCCGAUGGUUUCCAGAUCUGAAGCUCAUCUUCAUGGCACCUACAAGACCUCUCGUAGCACAGCAAAUUAAGGCGUGUUGCGGAAUCACAGGCAUUCCGUCGAAUAAGGUGGCCAUUUUAUUGGACAAAACUAGAAAGAAUCGUGGUGCCAUCUGGGAUGAGAAGCUGGUGUUCUUCACCACUCCGCAGGUGGUAGAGAACGAUCUCGCGACAGGUCUUGUGGAUCCCAAACUGGUGGUUUUGUUGGUUAUCGAUGAAGCUCAUCGUGCCAAAGGCAAUUAUGCGUACAACAACGUGGUGAAGUUCUUGAAUCGCUUCAACUCUUCAUAUAGGAUUCUUGCCUUAACUGCGACACCAGCAUCCACCGUGGAAGGUGUGCAAGAGAUUGUCGAUAAUCUAAACAUUUCGAAAGUGGAGGUUCGUACGGAGAAAAGUAUUGAUAUCUUUCGUUAUUUGAAACGCAAAACUGUGGAACGUUUCAACGUGGAUAAUCUGUCUGAAAUCACAGAAGUCAUCGAAUUACUAUGUGAGGCCAUCGCCCCAGUUCUAAAAACCGCCAACCAGAGAAAGAUCUUGGAAAUCACCGAUCCGGCCAAGAUCAAUGCCUUUGCUGCAUUGGAGGCACAACAGAAAUUGGUUCGAGACAGAAAUAUUCCUGAGGGACUUAAAUGGGCCAACUAUUUCAUUCUCCAGCUCUUGAUAGUGGUGGGUCAGUGCCUACGCCGUCUCAAUACUCUUGGCAUCCGCUCAUUCUACAGCUAUUUCCUUGAGAAACAUACGGAGUUCUCUGCCAAAUACAACAACAAGAAGUCGACGAAUCAUUUGGCAGCCAGCUUCUAUUUCCAUCAGAGCACAAAGGCUGUAUUAGCAAGAUGUCAAGACUUGGUUAAGGAUCCUACCUUUUUGGGCCAUGGAAAGUUGGAAAUUACCAUAUCUGAGCUUGACAAUUUCUUCAAGUUCUCGGCAAACCCGGACUCCAGAGUAAUUAUUUUCACUGAGCUUCGUGAAGCUGCUCUUGAUAUAGUUAGAGCUCUCGAACAACAGAAUUCUCACGCAAAGCCGCAUAUAUUCAUAGGACAAGCCAAAGAGCGUGAAAAAUUCAGCGAAGAGAAAUUUCUCAAGAAGGGAAAGAAAAAGGGUAAGAAACUGCAGGAGAAUGAAGACAUUGUUGUGCCAUCAAUUCAAGAAAGGCCAUUGAGUUCCUCCGAGCAGGCACAAGUGCAUGGAAUGAACCAGAAAAUGCAAAAGGAUUUAAUCAGGAAGUUCAAGGGCGGUGAGUAUAAUGUUCUCGUGGCAACUUCUAUCGGUGAGGAGGGUCUUGAUAUCGGUGAAGUGGAUUUGAUCAUCUGCUAUGACUCCACGUCCUCUCCGAUCAAGAAUAUUCAAAGAAUGGGACGAACGGGUCGUAAUCGAGACGGAAAAGUUCUUCUUCUUUUCUCCAGUAACGAAGAGCUGAAGUUUGACAAGGCUAUGGGAGGAUAUGAGUACAUCCAGAACCAUAUUCGAAACGGUAAUUUGAUCACAUUACAUGAUCAAAUUCGAAUUAUCCCUGAGAACUGUACCCCAGCCGUAGUUGAGGAAUUAAUAGAGAUUCCGGAGGAGAACAUGGAUAUCAGGGCGGAGGAAGAUGAGGAUGAAAUCAUUAAGUUAGCCACGAAGUACAUGACCGGAACUAAGAGCGGGAAAACAAAGGCAAACUCAAAAGCAAAAAACUCAAAGGCAGAGAAAAUUCAGAAGAAAUUCUUCAUGCCUGAUGAUGUUGAUACAGGUUUCAAGCUGGUGAGUAUGAUGCUAAAAAGAACCAAUGAAGACAUUUCUGUUGGAGAGAAGAAACAAGAAGAGAAAAGGCGGAAACCCCAAGAGGUGCCCAAAGAUAUCUUAGACACUAUCUUGAACUCCGACGACGAUAACGAGCUUAUUCAACUAGAAAAGGCGGUGACAUGCGAUCCAGUGCCCUCAGUUCAGGAGGGCCUGCUCCUUUCCAAAUCAGAUAUGAUACUGAGCCUGUCAACUCUUUCUGGAGAGCCUGCUGUUACUGAGCUUCACCCUAAAGGUCUGCCCAAGGAACCUUCGGUCAGUCCAUCAAGAACACUUGGCCUCCGACGCCCGGAACUCAACAACAUCCUCCGAAAGUCUCCGCGAGUACUCAAACAGCCAUCGAUAUUCGAUGUUCCCAUACGUACCCGAGCUGGAUUGCUGAAGCCAUCGUUGGGAGUGAAGAAAAGACCACCAAGUGUUCUCGAACAAUUGAGGAACGUGCAACCAAAGAAACUUUUGAACGCAACAAGCGUGUCUAAUGACGAUCUUGACGAGUUCGACGAUGAUGAAGACGAGAUUUUGGCAUUGGCCAGAAGCACGUCGUCUUUUGAGUUUGAAAGUCAAGCUAGUGGCAAUCGCCAAAUGGCUGCAAAAACUUACGAUCCAAAAUUGUUUCCGAUUCCACUGGGAGAAGAAGGUUUGCUUACUAGAGAAGAAACAAAUGAGCUCUACAUGUCAUAUUAUAUGCCCACAGAAGCAUACAAAUUAGUGGAUUGUUACAGGGUGAAUGCUUUAUGCGACGGAGAUUUCAUGAGUGGAACAAAUUCGAGGAGAUUUAUGGAAUUCCAUGAGUUUCAGAGGCGCACAGACUCCGAAAAAGCAAGGAAUAUAAUCGGAAAGUACCAAGCUGUUCUGGACGACGAACAGUCGACUUUAGGUGAUUUUGUGGAUUUUGAUUAG